AUGAAUUUAGUUACUUGUAUCAUAUUUGUUGCCUUAUUGUUUACCCUAGUUUAAUGUGAGUAAUGUAGUCCACUAUGCGAUAUCUGUGAUUCUCUUUCAACUUGUUCAAGAUGUAUUUAGGAUCUUAAAAGAAUACUUCAACUAGUUUAAUGUAUAUGUUAGGAAGGAUAUUAUGAUGAUUUUCAUAAUCCUAUAUGCCUACCAAUAUGCGGAGAUGGAAUGAUUGUUGAUGGCGAAGAUUGUGAUGAUGGAAAUUUUGAUCCUUUUGAUGGUUGUGAUUAAUGCAAAUUUGGAUGUUAAGACAGUUGCCAGGAUUGUUAAGAUGGGUGGUGUUAUGAAUGCAAAACAAAUUAUAUAUUGGAUGCUAGUAUAAAUAUAUGCCAAAUAAAUUGCCUUGAUUAUUUGAUGAUUGGGAAUCCAUUAUGUUAAAAUUAAGAUUGUUUUGAUCAUUGUGUAUUAUGCGAAAAUGGAAUAUGUAAGGAGUGUGAUGAAACAAAUGGAUGGUAUUUGAUUGGGAUAAAAUGUGAACCUAAUUGUGGGGAUGGGAUAAUUGCUUAAGGUUAAGAAUAAUGUGAUGAUAAAAAUAGAAAUCCAUUUAAAUUUUGUGAUUAAUGUCAAUUAAGUUGUACAGAAUAUUGUGAAUUGUGUUAGAAUGGAUUAUGUCUUUAAUGCAAGUUUGGAUUUAAAUUUAUUUCCAAAAUUAUUAAAUGUGUACCUUAUUGUGAUUAUAAUAACAUGAUCCUUAAUUAUGAUGAAUGUGUAGAUAAUUAGACAAACUAGUUAAUUCAUUUAAAUAAAAAUUGCAAUCUUAAUUGUUCAUAAUGUUUCAAUGGAAUUUUGUGUAUCAAGUGUCAAAUUGGAUUUUUAUUAAUUAAUAACUAAUGUAGAGAAACUUAUAGUAUAUAAGUUUACUAAGAAUAGUAAAACAAUGAUGUAGAAUUAAUUUAUUCAAAAUGUUAACCUUCUCAAUUUAUCUGUAAUCUUGGAUGUCUAUCGUGUUUAGAGGGACGUUGUGGAUUAUGUGAUACAGGAUACCAUUUAGAAAACUAUUAAUGUUCAACUAUAUGUGGAGAUGGUGUUAUUGUUGGUGAAGAACAAUGUGAGGAUGGUAACUAGAUUCAAUUUGAUGGCUGUUACAAUUGCUUAUUUUAAUGUUAAUAGGAAUGCUUAAAUUGUCAAUUUGGGAAAUGUAUUGAAUGUCAAAUUGGUUAUGAGAAUAUUGAAUUUAGUUGCCAUGAAUCAUGUAGUAAUUCUAUUAUUACAUUUAAUGAAUUUUGUGAUGACGGAAAUUUAGAACCAUUUGAUGGUUGUUUUAAUUGUAAUUAUUCUUGUGAUCAAAAAUGCGAGAUAUGCAAUUAAGGAAUUUGCUCUAAGUGUUUCGAUUAAGGAUGGGAACUUAAUCUAUCAAUUAACAAAUGUAUAACUAUAUGUGGAGAUUAAAUUGUUGCUGGUGAUGAGUAAUGCGAUGAUGGCAAUGAUCUUAAAAAUGAUGGGUGUUAUGAGUGUUAAAAUGAGUGUUAAAAGGAAUGUCUCAAAUGUAUGUAAGGCAUUUGUUAUGAAUGCAUUGCUCCUCAUUGGAUACUAAAUAAUAAUGUAUGUUUUUGUGAAACAUGCCAAAUUGUAUGUUAAAAUGAAUGCUCAUCAUGCAUUUAAGGAGUAUGUUAUGAAUGCUAAUCUCCAGGUUGGGUCUUAGAUAACAAUAAUUUAUGUAUUUAAGAAUGUGGUGAACAAUGUACCUAAAACAUUUGCGGAGAUGGAAUAUUAAAUCCGUUAAUUGAGGAAUGUGAUGAUGGAAAUAAUGAAAUAAGAGAUGGGUGUGAUAAAUGCCUUUUAGAAAAAGGGUUUUUUUGCAAUCACGAUUAGAAUUUGAUAUCUCAAGGGUGUUCUCGAUGUAAAGAUUUGAAUUGCCUUUAAUGUAAUGUAAUGUAUGAAUUAUAAAUUUGUUUAGAAUGUGAAUCAGGUUAUUAUAUAGACUAAUUUCAGGAAUGCUCUUAAUGUGAUCUGAGUUGUAUUGAAUGCAGUCAAAAUUACAAGAAUUGUACUACUUUUAAUUCUCAAUUUCAAAAUUAAUAAAAUUAACAUAAAUGCAAUUUCAUUUUAGGAAGCUUUAAUGAUUUUGAUUUUUAUGAAUGCAUUUCAAAAUGCGGAAAUGGAUUUUUAGAUGCGCAUGAAUAAUGUGAUGAUAGUAAUAGAGAUAUUUUAGAUGGAUGCAACGAAUUUUGUCAAUUAGAAGAAGGGUAUAUAUUCAAUCUUGCUACCCAUUCCUUACAAGUAGACCCAUAUAUUAAGGUAGAGAGAUUAUAAUCCAAUAAUAAUUAUUAUUCACUUUUCAUAAACUAGAGUUAAGAAUCACUUAAUUUAUCUAGUUUAGUAGUCGAUAUUGAGGGAUUUUCAAUUUAAGAUUACAAUUAUAGUGUCAUUGAAAACAAUAGUGAAUUAGAUUUGAGAUUUUUGUUUUUUAAAACUAUAGAAGCUAAUAAUUUAAUACAUGUUUCAAUCUAGUAUAGAAGAUACUAUAAAAUAAGAUAAUUGGAAGAAACAUUUAUAAAAGAAAUAAUAGUAGUUCCAUAAAGAUAAGUUUAUGUGAGUAAAGAACAAAGACUUUAAGGUGAGAAUAUGGCUGAAGGGUAUUAAACUUUAUUUUCAGUCUAAAUAUACUUAGCACCUCUGGCAGUUAUAUUUGGAGGAUUUCAAUUGUUUUUGGCUAUCCUUGAUAUAAUGAGUUGGAUGAAUAACUUUUAUUUUUUAAAUGUAAAUUAUCCAGAGAAUGUUAUGAUCUUAUUUUUAUAGGCUGAAUGGAGUAAUAUUAUCAAUAUCCCUUCUUUGAAAUUAUUAAAUAAGCCAAAUGAUGAUUACUACUUCUUAGCCCCCAUAAAAUUUACGGAAAAAGAAAUAGAUCCGUUAUUAUUUAACAAUAUUUAAACUCCAAUCAUAUUUGCAUUCCAAGUGUUAUUUACCUAUCUCCUUAGUGUGAUAGUUAUUAAAUUGGCUUAGCUAAAUUACAGGAAAAAUAGAAAAUAAUAGACUAAGUUUUCUAUCUUUUAAUUAGGCGAUAUCGUUAAACCUGAAAAGUCCAGAAUUUCUGAAGUAGAAUAAAACUUUGAAAUACCAAUAUGGUUUUAACCGUUCUUUUAAAAAUGCGUUUACUUAAAGAGCAAUCUAAUGUCUAAUUUAAUGAGAUCGUUUUCUUUAAGCUAUUUAGAUAUUACUUUAGCAGUGAUGCUUUAAAUCACUAAUUAAUAAACUGCUCAUAACUUCAUAGUUAAAAUUAAUGUGAUUGCUGCUUAUGGAUUUUUCUUAUUAAUAUUAUAUCUUAUUUAUAUCUCAUAUCAAAUAUCAUAAGCACAUUAAGUAAAAUUAGAGAAUAAACAGUUUUUUUAAAGGUAUUGUUGUUUUUAUGAAGAAAUGAAAACUUAAUCCUCAAAUUCAAUGGCAUACUCAUGUAUAAAUUUAAUACGGAAAACUUCUUUUAUUGUUUCCACUGUUACUUUAUAUUCCUAUCCUAUAUUUUAGACAUUAUUCUGCUUUCUAUCAUCUCUUUUAAAUUUACUAUUAUUGUUGACAAAUAAUCCAUUUAAAGGCAAAAAAUAAUAUAUCCUAAAUUUAGUUCCUGAUUUUUGCAUAUUUAUAAUCGUAGGUUGUUCAAUUAUUUUUGCUUUUUAAGAUAGAUUUAAAAUAUUAAAGGAUGAAUAAAUUUAUCAAAUCGGAUGGAUUGUUGGAGUAAGUAUCUAUAUAUCAAUUGGGUUGUAACUUAUAUUCUUAAUAUAAGAAAUAUUGUUUUCAUUUUGGAAAUAGCUGAAAACCUUAGGUGAAUAUCUCAAAAGAAAAUGCAUUAAGAAUUAAUGA